AUGGUUAACGAUCAUGGCCCUGAAACGAGCUAUGAAGAGCGAGCGGAGCGCAAACUUCAAGUGGUGUACGCGCGACAAACACGUGAACGCCAAAUUUUUAUGCAAGAUCUUAGGGACCUAAGAAGAAGACAAGAAAAGAAUGUAUUAAAAACAGUGAAGAAACUUAUAGGUCCUAUUUGGCUACAAGCUCUUAGUGUUCCACAGAGAAACGCUCUUGACACCUUGGAAUUUAGUAUUUAUCAAGACUUACUUGAGGGUAUCCCAGUUAGAACAGCUAACGUUAUGCGACAGCUAGGAUUAUAUCCCCGACCAAAAACCGAUGAUCUCAUGAGCUGUGUAUAUCUUGGACGAAAUGAUCCAAAAGAAAUGCUGGCGCAACUCUUUCUGCUGACUUACGGCCACCCAAUUGAAUCAAAGAGAUCAUCAUAUUGUCUUAACGCAAGACUUAUGUUGUCUGGUAUACUAUAUUUAGGUUUAAACAAUUUACUCAAACUUUUAAAAAUUCAAUUUCGCCCAGCUGCUGUUGAGGAACCUAAACAAUCUAAACCUACAAAAAAACGUCCAGAACCAUUAAAAUCUCCUUAUCUACAAGAUAUGAUUGCUGUUUUAUAUUUGCCGCCCAAAAAGAAACCUUUCCAACCAGCUCCACUACCAAAUUUGGAUGAUCUCAAUGAACCUUAUGAGGAAGAUCCCCCCGUACCAAAACCACCUCCUCCACCCCCUCCACCACCGCCCCCUAAGAAAAGGUUACCACGUUCAUACUGUGAUAAAUUAGCAGGAAUUUAUAAAAUUGAACCUGAUACUUCAGUCUCCGCUGUUGCUGUAAAAACUGUUACCCAUCGAAGUCAGAUCCACAGAAGCAGAGGGUCUAAAAUGUGUGUUGAGGUGAAGAAAACAUAUGGUAUUAGCAUGGGCCCGCCAAAUAAAGGCAAAAGAAGAAAAAAGCUUGUUUCGCCUAAAACUGGCCUUUGGAAUGCUCAAUACACGAUAAAUGGGGUUUAUCGUAUUCACGGGAAAACGGUGUAUGUGCUUGGCAACGUAUCUAUACUACCACCAAAUGGCGAUCUAAUUAAUGGUGGAUAUAGGUUAAUAGAUGGCGAAUACAUUAAUAUUCACUGUGGUUUCCGUGGACGACCUCCACCUCCCAAACCAGACCCUUGUGAUUGUCUCAAGAAAUGGCAAGAAGCUGCUUUCAAAUACGUAAAAGAGACUAAAUGCACUUGUGGCCAUCAUUAUGACUACGGUAACGAGGGAACAUUCCCACCAUCUGAACUACCAUUCUUUGAGAAACCAACAAAAUUUGCCCCAUUCAAAUUUAACUAUGAAACGAUUUAUAAUGUGGACCAGAAGCAUCUUUAUAUUCAAAAGGAAUUCAAAAGAAUAUGGGAAACAGAUAGCGCACUAUGUGUAGGCGACAGUGCAGCUCUCGAGAAAACGAAUAAAAAGAAGAAAAAGGCUAAGAGGUCAUCAGUAACAUGCUUAGGAGAUAAGCCUAAGCCUGAAGAUUACCUAAAGUGCGCCUUAAGACAUAUGCGUCGGAUAAAUAUUGCAGCUAAACUGCCGGAUAUACAUUUAGUGCCCGAACUACGGGAAUGGAUGAGGUGGAGGAUUUAUGGACCAUAUUCAAGAUUUGAAAAGGAAGAAAUAUUAAGGAGGAGUAUUGCGUAUUGGCAAACAUUUUUAACCCUUGCGAAAAAAGGAUUUGGCCACGUUGCACCCAAGAAAGAUUCAAGGUUUGCUGGUCAUACUAAUUGGGUUUACAAGCAAGAGUUGAAUGAUAAAUUCCGAAAAUUUGCACAACAAUAUAAACUAGAGCUGUUUCGAUCAUACGCUUAUAUUACAAACCUGCUGUGGCCGACAAUGUGUCAAGCACAAUUCCCGGAUAAGAAGUUCCGUGAAAUAUAUUUUUCUUAUUUAUUUUCACGUAUUGAAGAGGUUCAAUUGAUGCACCCCUAUAGCUCAAGGGAAGCAAUAGAACGCAAAUUGAUCUUGGGUAAAAGGAGAUAUUCUUGUUUGCCAGACGGCAUUGAGCCAGAGGAAUGA